GAGAAAAAAAAUGAGUGUCAAACUGUGGCCUCUCUGUGAUGCUUCCGUGAGUCGUGAGAAAGAGAGUUUUCUGUCAAAAAGGGGGGAAACGACGAGAGCAUUAACUAUAAAAAAAGAAAAACGAUUUAUUAAAUAUUUUGUGUGUUCCCUGAGGCAGUGUGCCAAUUUCUGAGGAUUAAAAUCCUCCAUAAGAGGACACAGAAUAUCUUCCAUUUUGUGGAUUUAUUUUGGUUUAUUUUUCUUUGCAAAAGAAGUUCAUUUUUUUUUGUGUGACUGCUGUCAAAAUUUCCAAUACACAAACACAAUCGCGUACACAGAGAGAAGCAUCAGGCCGAAAGGGAGUCUUUUCCUUUUUUUUGUUCAAAUGACUUUUGACUGAAAACAGAAGCAAAAACAAAACAAAAAGAAAGAAGAAGGAAUCGUCAGAAGGAUCAGAAGAAGAAGAAGAAGAAGAAAAGGGGACUUGGAGGGUUUUGGCCCUCUCUCUGUGGACAAUUAUUGCAGAUGCUUAAGGAGAAACGUGAAAAGGGUGGCAGCAGUGGGACUCCAGCCAGUUCACCACGAGACCCUGCAACACCCCCAAGUACCCCACCCACCCUUAUGACCAUCAAGGAGGAACGGGUGAAGCAGGAACCCGAUCAAGAGGCAAAUACAUCACCCAAGAGACCAGCUUCAUCAUCGCCCAGGCCAUCCCAAAGUGGCCAGGAUAGAAAGUCCGAGCCAAAGGAUGCCCAGGAAGAUGGUCCCGAUGGUCAGCCCAAUACAAAGUGUCAGGUGACAGUGAGUCAGGUGAGUUCGGGAAGUGGAUCAGAGACCGAACCGACCUUCACCAGUUCCAUUCAGCCUCUAGUGUCCAAUUUGAUGGGCAAACAGAGUGGUGGCCUUGAGUAUAUGCAGCAAUCCAGUCAGAUCUUUGUCUUCUCCACCACAUUGGCCAACAAAGGGGCUGAAUCCGUUCUCAAUGGCCACUAUCCCUCCAUCAUAGCCUACCACUGUGCCCAGCCGGGAACCAAGAAGAUCCUCGAGAAGCAUCCACUGAAACUGGGUCAGUUCAAUCGUCAUACACCGUGGAGUUUGAUGGGAACGGGUGGGGGAUCCUUUGGUAGUGGCAGUGGACCAAAGGCAGCACCAUCAGGUAGGACAAAGGGUCAAUUGGGUCUAAUGGAGGGUGAUGGUGGUGAUGGACAGGAUGCCAAUGGACCCGAUGGUCCGGCAUCAUGGCAAGAUGUCAAAGAUGGCGAAGAGAUGGCCAAUGGAACGGUCAAUGCCAGUCUGGUGCAAGGUGUUAAAGUACCUGAUGAGAAUCUAACGCCACAGCAGAGGCAACAUCGUGAGGAACAGUUGGCCAUGAUACGCAAAAUGCACCUAAUGCUCUUCCCCGAACAGAGUGAUGAUCCCCAACAUGAUGGUGGUCCGGGUGAUGAGGAUAAACAUCAAACAGCCGCCGGGGGUCACUGUCCGGACUACCUACCAUGCCCAACACAGCCAAUGGCAGCCCCAGGUGGUGCCUAUGCAAAAAUGGCCCCUCAGGACUGGACACGCCUACAGCAUCAGUACUGCGAGGAACAACAGAGAAAGGGCGGUGGCGGUGGCGGUGGUGGUGGACGUGGUAGCAAUAGUGGUGGUCAGAGAACUCAUGGACCACCACCGCCCUACCAUCAGACACCCCGUUCUGCAUCUGUUCCCAUUGCCACACACAGUCCAAGUCCUAAUUCACCACAAAAUCUCACAUCGACCCUUUCCCUUCCGUCUCCACGUGGUACAACCCUUGCCUCACCAUCGGACUCCAGUCGCCAUGGGGCACCACUUAGGCACCUAAGUGCUGGACAGAGUCCUGUUUCUGGUGGAUCACCAGCCGCUCUUAGUCGUCCACUUGCCCAGAGUAGUCCAGCAACACCAUCAUCGGCUCAUUUGUCACCGUGCUCUGGACCCUUUAAGGAUGUCGAUCUACCACCUCCGGAUGACAAACUACCACCAAGUAGUCCGGCUAGAGGACAACAACAGCAACAGCAACAGCAACAACUCGAAGGAUCAUCAAUGAAGGUCGAAGGAAGCCAUGUACCGAGUCCGGGAGUUCAAUGUUCGCCAGCUCAUGAAAAAGGAGCCUUCUUUGCUGACAUUUCUCCCGAGGCAAAUGCCCAGGAGCAUGUAUCAAUGGGAAGUGGAAAUUUUGGAUUGCCAGAUGACAAUUUGCCCCUGAAUCCGGAUACAAGUACAGCACCUGAAACCACCAAAGUAAUGCCUUUUGAUCCAAUAUCAUCACUGGCACAGAUGUCACAGCAAUUGACAAGUGCACAGCCGCCAUUUAAUGGUGGCGGUGGACCAAAUGGUGGUGGUCCAAAUGGUGCCAUUAUGGCUGCCCAGAUGCAAUCAUACGGUGAUUUACCGGCGAUGCAGCAACAAAUGGCAAGGGAGGCUGAUGACGCCAUGUUGGAGUGUGCACAAUUGCACGGAAUGAUGGUGCAAGCGAGUGAAAUGGGUGGUCCACCGCCGCCAAUGCACGGGGCACCGUACGGAAAAAUUCUACCACCAACAGCAGGAAAACCACUAUCGCCCAAAAUGGUCGCAGGUGGCGUUCAUGGUGUUCCAGGUGGCUUUCAGGGUGGUCAAAUGCCCCGAAUGGGUACCCCAGCUGGUCGCCUAUGUCCGCCAGCCUCAAUGGCGGACAGCUACAAUGGGGCUAGUGUUCAGGUGAGAGCAUCAGCACCCAAUACCAUCCAAUACCUUCCAGCUAGGCCCCAGAUCUGUCCCCAGAUGCCCCGUGCCCCGCCAAGUCUCGAAUUUCUGCAGCGUUUCGCCAAUCCGCCGAUGGGUGGCGCUGGUGGUCCGGGUGGUCCACACAAUGGCGGCGGUCCGGACAUGAUGGUGGGUGCUGGUGUCCUUCCGGGUGAGAGUAUCCGUGGCGUACGAGUGCGACACGAUGCUCCACCGCCCCAUCUCAUGAACGGUGGUGUUUUUGGGGGUCAGCAGAUGCACGAUGGGGGCCCUGGGGGACCUGUUAGUGGCGGCGGUGGACCAGGUGGAAUGUUUCAGGGUGGCGGAGGUGGUCCGCCGCCACAGAUGCGCCAUGGAGGCCCAAUGGAGGCGCCACCGGUCAGCCAGAGCUACGUUGGACCCAGUACGACGGAUCCCAAUUAUGCUCAGCAAUUUCACAACUUCCAGCAACAGCUCUAUGCUACCACAACGCGCAGCAUGAGCUCGAGCCAGGGGGCACCGCAGCAACAAACGUACUUUAUCAGCAAGUAGCAGAGACCCCCCCUAAUUCUCCCCCGAACAUCAUUUUCCCAAGCCAAAAUUGGCAUUCAAUAAAGGCGUCUUUUGAAUCGCUAUUCUUACUCUAA